UAUUCAACCGCUAAGCUUUACGGUCGGUUGUCAUUCGUGGCGGGUUUCUUCCGCAGCAAGCUGUAAUCGCGUGUUUACUUUUUUGAUGUCUGUAUAUAAAUACAGAUAUAUGUAAGUGAACUUCGCGCAUAGGUUUGUAAAAAGCAUUGACAACGGAAAAGGUCAAUACGCUUCGACAACAUUACUUGCAUUUAUUUUAAUUUGUGAAAAAAUCAAUUGCUGAGCUUGCUACUCUAAACAAUAACAACAACAAUAAUAACAAAAUGCCUGUUGGUACUUUUGAUGUUUGGGAUGCGUUGGUGCUGGCGAGCAUUUUAAUAAUAUCGGCACUAAUUGGUCUAUAUUAUCGUUACACGGGUGGCAAACAGAAGACAACGAAAGAGUAUUUAAUGGCGGAUCAGAGCAUGACAACGUUUCCGGUGUCCUUUAGCCUAAUGGCCAGUUUUAUGUCCGCCAUCACGCUAAUGGGUGUAUCCACUGAAUCCUACCAGUUUGGCACACUCUUUGGAGUGAUUAACAUCUCGUAUAUACUGAGCACACCAAUUGCCGCCUACAUCUUCCUGCCUGUAUUCUAUCGGAUGCGCACAACAAGUGUCUACGAGUACCUGGAACGAAGAUUUGGUUAUGGGACGCGUCUAGCUGCAUCCAUGGCAUUCACCUUGCAAAUGAUUCUCUACAUGGGCAUUGCUCUCUAUGCUCCAGCACUGGCACUGGAGGCUGUCACCGGCAUAUCUAAAGGUACUGCCAUAUUGGUACUGGGACUGGUUUGCACCUUCUACUCAACAAUGGGUGGCCUCAAGGCUGUGCUCAUCACCGAUGUCUUUCAAUCGUUCCUCAUGUAUGCUGCCAUUUUUGCGGUCAUUGUUGUGUCGGCCAUCAAGGCGGGUGGACUAAGUCCCAUCUGGGAAGUGGCCAGAGAACAUGGACGUUUGCAAUUUUUUGAAUUCUCUAUGGAUCCCACAGUUCGGCAUACUUGGUGGACUCUUAUAAUUGGUGGCAUGGUCACCUAUCUAUCCCUGUAUGGUGUCAAUCAGACGCAAGUCCAGCGACUUCUGAGCGUGCACAACUUGAAGAGCUCACAGUCGGCAUUGUGGUGGAAUCUGCCAAUUCUAGGACUGCUCAGCUUUAGCACCAUCUUCAGUGGCUUGGCCAUAUUUUAUUACUAUCGUGACUGCGAUCCGCUGCUCAAUGGACGCAUCGAUUCACGGGAUCAACUUAUGCCGCUCUUUGCCGUGCAUACAAUGGGUCAAUAUCCUGGAUUGUGUGGUCUCUUUGUCUCGGGUAUUUUCUCGGCCAGCUUGUCUACGAUAUCCUCUGCGGUUACAUCGCUCUCGGCUGUCACACUGGAGGACUACGUGAAGCCCUUGUACAAGGUUGUCUUUGGCCGAACUCUGAUGGAAUCAAAGUCAACGCUGCCCACCAAAAUCAUUGCCUGCAUUUAUGGAUUGCUGUGCAUUGCGUUGGCCUUUGGCGCUGGCUCCUUGGGCGGCGUCUUGCAGGCCUCGUUGACCAUCUUUGGAGUUGUCGGUGGUCCAUUGCUUGGCAUCUUUACACUCGGAGUUUGCACUGUGCGCACCAAUCAACGUGGCGUACUGCUUGGCUUUCUGCUGGGCCUCUGUUUCUCAUUCUGGAUUGGAUUUGGUGGUCCCAAGCCAGAGCCAACACUGCUGCCAUUCAGUACCACAGGCUGUGAGUUGAGAAAUGUUACCGAGGUGGCAAACGCACUGCUGGAAAACAGAGUAGAAGACGAACCUCACUACUUUUGGCUGUACCGUUUGUCGUAUCUCUGGUACUGUGUGCUGGGCUUCUUGGUCACCAUAACUGUAGGUUACUGUGGCAGCAUUAUGCUGGCACGCUUCAAUUAUGCUGACAACUCGCAGAUCUACCUGGACAAGCAGAAAAAGCAUCUAGAUUACGAUCUGUUUGCACCAAUACUCUCACGUCGCUGGCGACGCCAGCAGAAUGAGCAGCUGGAUCCAAUGUUCCAUGACGAGUCGCUGACAAAGUUAACUCAGCCAGCUGCACCCUUGUAAUAAGUCAAAUAUAAUUUAGUUAAAUUGUUAAAUGAAGUAUAAAGAGUAGUGAAUAAGUUUUAGCCAAGUUCCGGCACAGAUGUCGCAUUAUUUGAGGCAUAAAAAGAUAUUAGCAGUCGUACCUAAUAACUGGAUAACAAUGUGACCUAUUUGUAUACCUGCGUGUUAACUAUCAACUGCUAAAGGCGCCAAUGUCUUCCAUUUUGCACGUGUAUAAGAACAAUAACAAAUAUUAUACUAAGCUGUUAUCUUUAGCAGAUCAAGUUCCUCAUUGAAUAUUUGGGAAACUCUGGGAAUUGACAAUAAAAAACAUUAAAGAUUGACAGCCACAAUCUUUAUUGUUUCAUUUAAUUAAAAAAACACAAACUCUACUUAAGUUCAUAUUGAACUUGUUUAAUAUAGAUUAUGAUGAAAAUAUAUUAUACAAGUAUAAAUUUACUGUGUGCGAAUUUAUCAGCCUGUUAUUGUAAAUUAUAUACAUCACAUUUACAACCCACGUAAUAAUUAAUCAAAUGAACGAAACUAUAUUAUUAUAUUAGAUGUGCUUGUACUUAUUUAUAUACACUACUUGGCAACAUUUGUAAAACUAUUAAAGAUUGUUGCAGUUUCACUGUCGAGGAUUUU